AUGUCAAUUCCAACAUCAGGCUAUCCAAAUUCUCAAAAUCAAACGAUGUAUGGUCAUCAGUCAAUGCAGCGGGUAAUGAGUGGAGGGCAGUUGAAUUCAGUGAUGCAUCCGUCGAUGAUGAUUACUUCAUCUCAAUCGCAUAUGAUGAGUGCUGAGCUAGUCCGUUAUCGUUUUAACAGAUUAUACGACAAUUUAUUAUUGAUAGAAUUUGUUAUUGAUAAUUCACAUUUGGUAGUUUUACACUCAUUGAGUAAUUUACGUCGACCGAUUAGUUUUAUAUUCUAUUCUUUCAUUACUUAUUUUUUUCAGUCAGGAUAUCCUCAGACAAUGAUGAAUACUGGUCAACCACCCCCACAGAUGAUAUCAACGAUUUCAUCACAGCAACAACACAUGGGUCAAGCAAUGAAUACAUCACAUAUGGUUGGUGCAGCAUCUAUGGGGCAACAAACACAUGUUAUUUCUUCACAACAUCAACAACCGUCAAACGCAUCAAUAUCACAGGUUCAAGUUGUUGGUAACAGCGUUCAGCAGUCAUAUAUACAGCACCAACAGACUACACCGUCCAGUGUAUCUUUGCUUUCAAGUGGACCUUCUUCGAAUAACCCGCAGACACCUUUAACAAUGCCAUCAAUGAAUCCUUCAUCGCAACAGAUAGGGACGCCUGUAACUCCCCAACAGGCGCCAUCGUCUGUUCAAACGUCGGCUUCAACUGUUGAAAGUAAUUCAGGUGGACUUUCUAUUGUACCUCCAGAUCCGAUUUCACUAGCAAAGAAUCUCAUCUUAAAGGAUCUUCGAUAUUCUUUAAUUGAAUUGAAUAAAGCGGCGGCUGAAGUUAUUCGUCCAUCUGUAUCAAAGCAACAAUUAGACGCAUCAGUUGCAUCUCACAAUCCGAUGUCGGUCAAUCCUCAGUCAGUAAAUCCUCAGUCCGUUAAUCCCCAGUCUGUAAAUCCUCUUUCAGUAAAUCCAGCUUCGGUCAAAUCUCUAGAUGAUCCAAAUUCAGUGGAAGCUGCAGAUAAGAAAGCAAUAUUGUGCCCCAGAGACGCUUAUCUUAAUGCCUUUAACAACUUUCUUGCAAUUUGCGAUCAAAUCGAAAUGAAUUUCUCACUUGUACAAGAAGCUCAGAAACAAUGUGUGCGUUUCGAUAAAAUGUUUGCUGGUGAAUUGAAAGCAGUUGGUGAAAUGGCAAAUGUGAACUAUUCUCAAUAUGCUCAAGAUAUGUUGCUUUCUUGCUCAUUCUGA